AUGAGCUGCCACAACAGCUCCGAACUCCAGGUGCUUUGCAGCUCCAGCCAGCUAUUCCUGCAGCCCCUCUGGGACCGCCUGAAGACCUGGGAGGCCCUCAUCCAGUCGCCCUUCUUCCCGGUCCUCUUCUCAGUCAUCACCUAUGUGGGCUUCUGCCUCCCCUUCGUGGUGCUGGACGUCCUGAACCCCUGGGUUCCAUCUCUGCGCCGCUACAAGAUUCAUCCCGACUUUUCUCCGUCAGCCCGGCAGUUGCUGCCCUGCCUGCGACAGACUCUCUACCAGCACGUGGUGUUCGUGUUCCCCUUAACGCUGCUACACUGGGCCCACAGCCCCAAGCUCCUGCCACCCGAAGCCCCCCAGCUGCUUGAGCUAGUGAGCCACAUCGUGUUCUGCCUGUUGCUCUUCGACGGUGAAUUCUUUGUGUGGCACGUGCUGCACCACAGAGUGCCCUGGCUGUACCGCACCUUUCACAAGGUGCACCACCAGAACUCGUCCUCGUUUGCUCUGGCCACGCAGUACAUGAGCGUCUGGGAGUUGUUUUCCUUGGGCUUCUUUGACUUGGUGAACAUCAAGCUCCUCAAGUGCCACCCUCUCACCGUCCUCAUCUUCCAUGUUGUCAACAUCUGGCUGUCAGUGGAGGACCACUCAGGCUACGACUUUCCGUGGUCCACUCACAGACUGGUGCCUUUCGGGUGGUAUGGAGGCGUGGCGCAUCACGAUCUGCAUCACUCUCAGUUUAAUUGCAACUUUGCCCCUUACUUCACACACUGGGACAAAUUACUGGGUACCUUUCGCCCUGCACCUCUGCCAGCUUGGUGGAAUUGUGGCUGUGGUGGGUGCCCCUCCUAA